GAGAUUUUGAUUUGGAGUGGACCGGAGCCAUAUACCCAUUGACUUGUAUUGACACAUGGCUUUUUGAAACGCGUAUAACCAACGCGCAUAACUUAGGCGCGUGUAAGCUCACUCUAUAUAUCUCAUUACACGCUCACUUUGAGCUUCUCCAUUCCCAAGUGUUCUUUGCUUCUUCUUUUUUCAGACUUGUCCAAAAAAUAAUUAUUCAAAGCGAAAAAAAAUUCCGACAAAAAUUUCAGUAGAUUUUCCCGGCAAUGAAGUAACUAUGGGUUUCUUCGGACGACUGUUCGGGAGUAAGAAGCAAGAAAAACCGGCACCGACGAAAAACAACAGACGAAGAUGGAGCUUCACCACCAGAUCCUCAAAUCAGGCGACGGCUUCAUCGGCGGCGUCGUCUACUCAUCCAAGCAGGAGACGUGCCGAUGAAGAAAGCUUAGACGCCGAUAAGCAUGCUAUAGCCGUUGCGGCUGCCACCGCCGCGGUGGCUGAGGCGGCACUAGCUGCUGCUCAUGCGGCGGCGGAGGUUGUGAGACUUACCGGAAGAGGCGGCGGUAGAACCUCGUCGGUAACUGAAACUAGUUGGAUUAAUCGCCGGUGGGCUCAAGAGUAUGUAGCGGCGAUGAAGAUUCAAUCAGCUUUCCGUGGCUACUUGGCGAGGAGGGCGUUACGAGCACUGAAGGCAUUAGUGAAGCUUCAAGCGUUAGUGAAGGGGCACAUAGUGAGGAAACAAACGGCUGAUAUGCUGCGUCGGAUGCAAACGCUGGUUCGGCUCCAAGCUCGCGCUCGAGCAUCACGUUCUUCUCACGUUUCAGACUCAUUCCAUUCGACAAUGUUGAUGGUCCCUUCUUCCCCACAAUCUUUCCACGCACGAUGCGUAUCAGAGGCUGAAUACAGUAAAGUCAUUGCCAUGGACCAACACCACAACCACCGUUCCCAGAUGGGUUCGAGCCGGCUAUUAGACCAAUGGAAGACAGAGGAAACUCUAUGGAACGCACCGCGCUACAACGAAGAUGAUGAUAAGAUCUUAGAAGUCGACACUUGGAAGCCUCACUUCCCUUCCUACCACAAGGAGUCACCAAGGAAAAGAGGAUCUCUUAUGGUCCCGACAAGUGUGGAUAACAGUCCACAAGUUAGGUCUAGACCAGGAAGCAGCAGUGGCGGUUCAAGGAGAAGAACACCAUUCACGCCUACGAGAAGCGAGUACGAGUACUACUCCGGGUAUCACCCUAACUACAUGGCUAACACCGAGUCUUACAGAGCAAAAGUCCGGUCACAAAGCGCACCAAGACAGAGGCUACAAGAGUUAUCUUCAGAGAGUGGAUACAAGAGGUCAGUGCAGGGACAGUAUUACUACUACACGGCGGCAGCAGAACGAUCGUUUGAUCAGCGCUCGGACAAUGGGAUCGCAGGUUACGGUGGAAUUUCUGAUCAGUUAAGUCGAAACCAAAGUGAGAAAUCGAAGAUGUAUUCUCCGUUUCUCAAAUCUGAUCCUAUUUUGUAUUAAUAGUCGAAAGGAUAAAAAAAAGUGAGUGGAAUUGUGUAAAUUAGAUUUCGACACACAAGUACAGACAGAGAUCAAUCUCUGUACUGAAUUUUCUUUUGACUGGAUCCUACGGUACAGAUCUCGUACCAACAAGCUACGUCUA